CGAACAACUUGCAACCGGCACAUGUGGCUGUUGUACCCUGCGCUGCGACUGCCACUGGGGCGUUAAGCGACUUUACACUUCGGGGACCGCCAGACGAUUCCUCAACUUGGUACGAUUACGUUGUUAUUCAUCGACCGUCGAGUCGCUACUGGUGUGAAGUGCCGCAUCGCAACAAGCUCUUCAGCCGUAACUGUCGGCCACUCACGCAUUUUCAGUGGGCCCGGUGAGAGCCCAGCUUACCAUGCCACCUCGGCGUUCGCAGACCACACCUUUGGCGAACAGCAGCAACCUCAAUGAUGCCCUUGGCUAUCUCGAGUCUGUUAGGGCCGCACUCCACCAAGAGCCGAAGACUUAUAGCCGAUUCGCCAUAAUCAUGAUGGAAUUCAAAAGCAAACGCAUGCCAGUGUCUGAGGUCAUGCAGCAAGUUGCUGAUCUGUUCCGCGAUCAGCGGGCCCUCGUCGAAGGAUUCAACAUUUUUCUCCCUGAGGGCUAUCACAUCAACUAUGCUCCAGGCGCUUCCAUACCUACCAUUACAGCGCCUCAGAGCAAGCCCACUGGUUGUCAUCCUCGUUCUAUGUCGCUGCCUGCUGAUCGUGGUUUGAACCCGGCACUUGAAUUUGUUCAACGAGUGCGAACUCGGUACGCGCGGCAGCCGCAUAAACACGAGCAAUUCAUGAAGCUGUUGUAUAACAAGUCCCAGAACGAACGACAGGGAGCACAGCAAGCUAUCGAGAAUGAUCUGGUCCAUCGCAUGCAACAGCUUUUGAGCGACGCACCAGACUUGGUGCAGGAGUUCCAGAGGCUAUCGAUGGAGCUCAAUCCUCCACUGGGUAGCCCUGUUGUCGUCCUUCCAUCAGCAGUUUCAACAGCUACAUCGGACGCUACUACUUUCUCGCACGCGGCUUCCGGCAGUGAAGCAGCAGUGAUGGUGCCACAGAAGAGGAGGAUUGCUGGAGAUGAAGAUAGCUGCGGGCAUUUUGGACCUCUCCCCAAGAAGGUAACGAGAAGAAAGCUGCAGGACUCGUCCUCUUCAGAUGAACCCGCAGGUUCUUCAAAUCGCCCCACGAGAUCCGGGACCCCACAAGCGCCCAAGAUUGAAUCCGCAUUGACUCUAAUCAAACAAUCACCGAAUUCUGCAGGCACUGACGGCCAGCGAUUCUUUGACAGAGUGAAACAUGCCCUCGACCAUCGCGAAACUUACAACGAGUUCUUGAAGCUCAUCAACUUGUUCAAUCAGGAUUUGAUUGACACAGCGCGACUCAUACGAGAAAGUCGUUCAUUCCUUGGGGAGGGUGAGCUGAUGGCGCAGUUCAGAGGCUUUGUGGGGUGGGACGAGUCGACGGAGGAUGCGGUCUCGAUAGAGCACGUGUGGCUGAAACCGAGAGCUGCCCUGGAUCGACCGAGUACGAAUCAGCUUAAUAUCCGCUAUGGGAGCUAUCGCAGGUUGCCUGAUGACGAGAUCAACGUCACAUGCUCGGGACGCGAUGAACUUGCAAAGUCAGUCUUGAAUGACGAGUGGGUAUCCCAGCCCACGUAUGCGAGCGAGGAUACGUUCUUUCAGGCUCACAAGAAAAAUAUCUACGAAGAGGCGCUCCAUAGGACCGAAGAGGAGCGUCAUGAGUAUGACUUCUACCUCGAGGGUCUCCAUCGCACCAUCAAGGUCCUGGAGUCAAUCGACCUUCAGAUAUCGCAAAUGAACGAGACGCAGCUUGCCUCAUUCACAUUGGGGCCCAAUCUUGGCGGCAAAGGGAAGGGCAUACACGUCCGUGUGCUCAAAAAGAUCUACGGACGUGAGACUGGUCUCGAGGUCUGGCAAGAAAUUCAUGAUGACCCGAUACACGCAAUUCCUGUCGUGCUCUCACGACUGAGAAGUAGAGUGGAUGUGUGGAAGCAGGCGUUUGGCGAGUGGGAUAAGAUCUGGCGGGAGCUUGAUGCACGCAACUUCUACAAAUCCUUGGACCAUCAGGCCAUCGAAUGGAGGGCGACUGAGAAAAAGAAUCUCACUGCACGAGCGUUCGUUACUCAGGUCGAAGCGGCCAGAGACGAACAGAUGGCUAAACGUGCAUCUCUGAUCGAUCCCCUCUUCUCACGAACGAGGCCUCGAUAUCAACUAGAAUUCAAUGUCGAAGACAUGACGGUGAUGCAGGAUGCCUUGUCUCUAACGAUGUCAUCGAUAGACACCUUGCAAGGACAUAUCACCGCAGUAGAAAGGAGAGAGAUCGAGAUGUUCCUGCGGACGUUCAUACCGGUGUUCUUCGUGCAAGACACAGAGUCUUUUGACAAACCUUUCUCUGAUCGCGAUCAGUCCGCGGGCUGCGAUGUCGAGUCAGUUUCUUCCUCUACGUCGGCGGCUGUCGCGAGCACCUCGAGAGUCGGGCGCGGCGGUCGAAGAGGAGGGGCGAACGGGACAUCGGGCGCAUUGCGGAAAACACUCCUCAAGAACGAACAGGCGAAGACCAGCCGCAGGGGUCGUGGACGCAAGGUAGCUUCCGCGGCGGGUUCGAGAUUGCCUUCACCGACGAGCUCGGACGUGCCAGAUAUUGACGUGGAAGCAAGUGGCUCGUCCGCGCCGAUCUUGUUUAAUAUUACGUUUACAAAGGCCAACUCUCGCCGUCGGUAUAGCUUCUUCACGAAUACCACGUUUUAUGUAAUCAUCCGCCUUCUCGAGCUCCUCUAUUCUCGAUUGCGUAAAUUCAAGGAUUUAUCUGUCAAGCUUGUUAAGCAACCUCUUACUCGGCGUCAACGCAAUGCACUCCCAUUUUCCCUGCGCGAUCCGGAUAAGGAGGAGGACGACCUAGAUGUUGUCGCUGCCAAAUUCUACAACCUGCUUCUCGAGUCUUGCCGAAGUUUCAUCUCGGGCGAUCUGGAGCAGCACGCAUUUGAGGACAGGAUACGCUCGGUCUUUGGAGUGAUGGACGCAUAUCAACUAUUCACUGUUGAUAGAGUGACUGCAGCUAUUAUUAGACAGGUUCAGGCAGCGACCAUGGACUCGAAGAGUCGCGAACUAUUCGAGUUCCUCAAGCGAGAGCGCGAGAUUGCAGCACCUACCACACAGGAUCAGAUAAACUGGCGACGUAAUGCGGAGCGUGUUCUUGGUCCUGACGAGAACCUGUUUCGGAUUGACUGGUUGCCCGAGAGCAGGACAAUCACGGUACAAUUGUUCGGCAAAGAUGACUCCAGCUUUGAUGACUCGGAAGUACUUACUGGACGCUGGCAAGCCUACAUUGCAUCGUUCGUCUCGGAGGGACCUACCCAAGGAAUCCCCACUUUACCUGCUUCAAGGCGACCAUUCUUGCGCCGAGUACUUUCGAUGCAUAGACCAGAGGAGGGACAGCCCGAUGUAUAUGCUUAUGGUCGUCUUCAGAUUAAGGUAUGCGUGCGUACGUAUCGCCUCUUCUACGUCCCACAUUCGGAGGAAUCCCUUUGGCGCUCAAGGAGCAAGCGAGACCACGAGAAAUUUGCAGAGGCAUUGAGGAACAAAAAGGCGAAGAGAGAAUUGUGGCUGGAGAAAUUUACCACCACCUCUCAACUUCCGUCCGUGCCUGAAAAUCCGACCGGAUCUUCCACCAACGCCAAUGACAGCCCCGACAUGCCUUUGGCUGAUGAGGCAGUCAUGGACGAUAUCCCCGAGAGCGAAGAAAAUAAUUGCCACGAAACGGCCGUGCCAAUGCUCUUAUUACGUACACAUGGACCGCUUGAGCAAAUCGAUUGCCAGUCUGAACCUGUCCUCAACGACAAUCAAGUGUCACGUUCUGAAUGCGGGGACAUCGAUGUCAAGCCUUUAGCAUUGCAGCGCGCAUCAUCGGCUGCAUUGACAAUCGGUGCUAGUCAGCUCUCGGCCAAGGAAGGGUCAUCUCGCCUUAUGUUGACCGCGGUGAUUGAGGAAUCAGAUUAACUGAGAAACGGCUUGUAGGCGGUUCAGAU